AUGGAGCGGGACGACAAGAAAGCCAAGGAUGCCAUCCCAGAAUGGGACGGCAACCCCGGGCGUUGGCGUCACUUCGAGACGGCUGUGAAGUGGUUCCCUCGCACGCUGAAGCGGCAGGAGAGGGACCUGGCGGCGAACCGGAUCAUCGGGCGCAUGCUGCAGAGCAAGACGAUAGCGAUCAGGACGUUUGCGACCACCCUGGAUCCGGACCGAUAUGAGAAUCCGAAUGGCCACCUCCUCCUCUUGGACGACCUGAGGAGCAGCCCGCUGGGGAAGCUUCCGAUCCCGGACGCGGCCCACAAGAUCAAGCAUUACUACAAGGACUUCAAGCGGCCCAAGGGCGAGACGGUGGGCGCGCUCUUGAUCCGGGAGCAGGACUGCUACUCGGAGAUGGUCCAGGCGCUGGAGCGCCUCCUCGAGGAGAUGGGCGACAAUGACAAGUACAAGCAGUGCCAGGAGUGCUUCGGCUACUUCGAGCGAGACCGAGGCGCAGCUGGACGUGGACAAUGGUACUGCCAGAGGUGCUGGGACACCUGGGACGGCAACCCCGACACCCCGGCGACGGCAGCAGAUGCCGCCCCUGCCGAGGAAGCAGAAGAAGCAUAUGAAUAUGAACGACACUCUACGACGUCUCGCUCGCAGGGCUCUCGAACAGAUCGUUUUCACCGACAAGAAUCCAUGGCAAGCAAGCUCAAGGUUUCGGAGGCGAUGGCAGUGGGCUCUACUUUCUUCGGCCACGCUUCCGGAGUCCUGAAGGUCCUCCGCGGCUUCUUCCUGCUCGAGGCGAUGGACUUCACCGAGAAGGAGAAGCAGGACGUCCGCGUGGUCACGCAGAACCGCUUGGACUUCGACGCGAUCUCCAAGGCCUUGAAGGAGCGCUGGGAGGACAAGGCGCUGGUGCAGCGGGACUUCGGACCGAGGGCUAUGCCUCGGUACGGCCCGGAGUCGGGCCAGCAGUCGGCCCUCGCCGCCGAGUUUGAUGAUGUACACGGGCCUGAUUGGUACGAUGGCUACGCGGCGGCGGUCCAUGCGUGGGAGAACGAAGGGUACGACCACCACGAGGACGAGGACGACUACGAUAUCGAGGAGGAGCCGCAGCUAGCCUCAGAGCCGGAAGGGUCCGAGGCCGUGGAUGAGGAUCUCAACCACCUCAACGAGGAGCUCGAGGCGGCCCAGGCGAUGGCGGCAGAGGCGUCACGCACUCUAGUUCAAGCCAGACAAGCAGUGGCCGCCGCCCAUAAGGAUCGAGGCCCGAAGGGCGGCAAGGGCGGCAAGGGCGACAAGUACCGCGACAGGGACCGCGACCAGAAGGGCAAGAAUGCGAACUACCUGGAGUUUCACACGAUCACGCACGGGUUCGACGAGCUCCAGGGUAUGUACCAGGCAGAGCAGAACGACAGCGGCCUCGCCCCUUCUAAGGCCAUGGUUGAUUGCGGGGCUUCCGCGUCCGCCGGAGGCGAGCGCGCAGUCCAGGCUCUAGUUGCCGCCGUUGCGGCCGCGAACCCCCAGGCCAGGAUCGAGAUCAACCAAAAUGAAAGACCGUGGUUUCGUUUCGGAGACAAUAAGUGGGGCAAGGCACUGUAUAAGGUUUCGGUCGAGUUCGAGCCGGGCUUCGUUUUGGGCAUCUUCGCUCUCAGUCCUGGUGUGCCUCUCGUUUUGUUGGGAAUGACUGCUCUGGAGUCGUGGCCGGCAAUCGUGAAUUUCCGAACCGGGGAGGCUGUGAUUAGGGGCCGACUGGUGCAGCUUCGCAAGACCCCAGUCAAGGGCCAUUGCAUCCUCGAUCUGGUGAAGCACGUUUCCGAGAUCUUAAACCCGACCGAGCAAAACACGGAGGGUCUUGCAAAGGCGUUUCAGAGAUGCGACUUUCGACAAUCCGCAAGCCGGCGUUUCAGCCAGCACGCUUUCAUGGAGGGCAAGGACGAAUGGCAGACAGUCGACACAGAUGCCAACAUGAAGGAGGAGGGCACGGAGGUCAAGUCACCUUCGGCGGCAGCGAGCUCCGGACCUACGACCCAGGUCAAGCGGGAGUUCGUCUUCAACGGCCAGAAGAUGGAGUACGUCACCUCGGAGGGCAAGGUCAAGGAGGGAGAUCCGGGCAGCACGCACCAGGGCCGCAAGAAGGAGAAGCAGAUGGAGCUGGACCCGGCGUUCGCGCUGCAGGUGGACCCCCGCGACCCGAGGACCACACGGGGACCGUGCGGCAAGAUGCAUCGCAAGUACUUCACGGUCAACAACCAGUGGGGCCAGACCAGGACAUGCUAUCGGUGCGGGCUGAGGCUGCUCUACAUCCCGACGACGAAUGCGCCGAUGACGAACCUCAGCAUGCAGCAUCCGAAGUUGGUGGAGUCCGGCCUGGAGUUGGUGCGGCACUGCAACCUGUGGGAGACGGCCAACCACGAGCAGGUGACCGCAAUGAUCAACAUCGCCACCUCCCUCCGGAGGCCCUGGGACCGAGAUCCGCCACGCGCCGGACGCGCUGCUGGAGAUGCUGGGGGCAGCGAACCCCAGGCGCAAGGCCCAGGUGGCGGAACCAGUACCCGGGCAGGUCUGAGCCGGGUGCCGAGGCAGCUUCUGGCUGCCGGACGCCGGAGGUCGCUACUCGCAGGACUGGCCUUGGCCAUGACCGUGGGCACGAUCACCGAGGCGGUGGAGAUCUGCUGCCAUCCCAACAGCAUGCUGACCGACGAGUGCACCAAUAUCGGCCUCAGCAUGGAGAGGAUCAGCAUCGAGAACGGUUACAACCUCAGCACGAAGGCGGGGUUCGAGGCUGCUGGCAAGAAGCUGGACGAGGUGAUGCCGAAGCGGGCUUGGAUAUCGCUACCAUGCACGCUAUGGACUUCGCUCACGAACUUCAACUACCAGACCCCAGAGGCACGUGCACGCCUAGAGAAAUACCGACUUCGAGACCGACGACGUGUGAAGUAUGGAGUUCUCCUGUUGCUAAAGAUUGUUGACGACGGAGGCGAGAUCUACUUCGAGUGGCCCCACAGGUGCCAAGGCUGGAAGAUUCCCGAGCUCAAAUUUCUCCGUAUGGAGUUGAGGCGUCGGGGCCGACACGUCUUCGAGGAUCGGAUCGACGGGUGCAUGUACGGCCUCAGGGACUACAACACCAACGAGCUCGUCGAGAAGGGCUGGAGGAUCCUGACCACCGACCCGGAGUUCUCCAAGGUCGCGACCGUGUGUGACCAUUCACACGGUCACCGAGUCAUCAACGGGAAGCAGCACACCGCAGCCACCGCCUACUACCCGCAGGCGAUGUGCAAGGCGAUCGCCCGGCUGUGGCAUGCUCAACUCCGGAAACCGAUCGACCUCAACAUGGCCCUGGAGAACCCUGCUGUCCUGGACCUCGAGAAUGCCUACCUGAUGGAGCGGGACACCGGGAGCAUCUACGUCGCUGAGCCCACGGAUCUCGAGAGGGAGCAGGUGCGCGCGAUUUUGAGCAGGAUCCACAAGGCUGCAGGCCACCCAGGGAACGAGCACUUGGCGUACUGGUGCAAGAAGCGGCAGUGCCCACGCUGGAUCAUCGAAGAAGCGAUCUACCUUCGCUGCGAGGCGUGCGACCUGGUCAAGCACGGCCUCUCCCACAAGGUCAAGGCGAGCCUCGAUAUCCCCAUGGCACCUUGGCAGGCAGCCGUCAUGGACGUUUCUGACCUGACGUUCCCGGACUUGAAUGUGAAGGCCCGGUUUCUCCUCAUCGCAGAGGUCGCCACCGGCCUGAUGGGCGGGGACAUCACUGCGAAGAUCGGCCUCAAGGACAAGGGCACCGAUUCGUCAGCUACGCUGUUCACGACGUUUGCCAGAGCCUACCUUCAACAUUAUCCAAAGCCAAGGUGGGUUUUCGUCGAUCCUCAGACCUCUUUUGUGGGCGGCGAGUUUAAAGACAACUGCCAGUUGGCCGGCAUCGGCGUCUCAGCGAAACCAGGAGGAGCACAUUGGAUGGCUGGCGACAUCGAGCGCCGCAUCUCGAUCGUCAAGCAGGUGAUGAGGAAGCUUCGCCUACAAUAUCCCAAACUGAGUCCCGAGACCGUGUUUUACAUCUCGAUUGCGGCGGCCAACAACAUGGACAACAUCAAGGGCUACACGCCGAUGCAGUGGGCUUUCGGGUUUUCUCCGACCGAGGACCCUAUCUUGGCGCACAACGCAGCUACCGGCAAGUUGAAGUCCGACUUCUUCGAGAUCGAGCGGGCGCGAGCGGACGCGGAGGCCACCUACCUGAAGGAGAAGGCUUCCAGGAAGAUCUCAGAGCUUAAGAACUCAGCCCCACGACCUCGACAUGAAUAUAAACGAGGCGACUGGGUCUGUGUCUGGCGGUCGCAUGCCGCGACAGGAAAACGAAAGCUCUCAGGGCAGGACUUCUUCACGGACGGCUUGUUCAUCGGACCGGGUCGGGUCUUGUUCUCCGAGCCGGCGGUUCAGACCGGCAACAAGGACGGCGUGAUCUGGGUCAUCAUGGGCAACCGAUGCUGGCGCUGCGCAGCUGAGCAGCUGCGGCCAGCCACGCAGUCGGAGAUCGUCCAGAUCAACCUGAAGAAGGACGACAUCCUCAACAGUCCGCUCGAGGACGUCUGGAGGCACCUCCAGGACUUUGACGACAUAGCCGGGGAGCCCUACCCAACGGCAGAUGGCAUGAGGAUGCUGCCGCGGCAACCUCUUGAAAGCAUGCCGAGGGUGAUCGAGAACCCCGAUGUGGCCGUGGAACCCCACGACGUCACGGAGGCAGAGGGCGACCAGGAGGUAGACGAGGACAACUCAGCACCAGAGCCACCACAGAUCAAGCGAACAAGAGUGAGAGGCAAGACGCCGACUGCGUCGUGGCCACCUGUUCCGACCGAGGCUUUCCAACCGCGUUUUGGGAGAUCAUCUUCAUCAAGAGCCUCAGCUGAAGUUGCUCACGCUGCCCUCUUCCAGGCGGCGAGCGACCACGCGGAAGCCAGCGAUAUCGACAUUAUCAACUUCGUGCAGGAUCCGAAUAACGAGUCCGAGAUGGACCUGAUGAAGAUCGAGAUCGAGGCCGACCUUGAGGAGUUCUGCUUCGAUGCGAGCGCUUACUUGGAGAAGCAGCUGAACCGCGUGGCCAACAACACGGUCAAGAAGGGCGUGGAGGUUUCGUUCGGCCGCCUGAGCCCCGAAGACAAGCCACUGUUCCAAGAGGCAAUGGCACGGGGGCUGGCGGAACAUCUGGAAGUACCGACAGUCCGGGCUGCAUCUGAUUACGCUGACUACAAUCAUGGAAAAGAUAUUCCAGCGGACAAGCUGAUCAAGAUGAGGUGGCUACUGACCUGGAAGCCUCUGACGCCACCUGAACCGCCGGACAAGUCGGACCCACACCCCGUGAGCACGCCGGACGGGAAGUUCAAGGCGAAGGCCCGUAUCAUUAUGUUGGGCUUUUCACAUCCAGACCUUGUCAGUCGAGACAAGUUCGGAGAUCGGAACCUGCUGAAGGAGAUGCUGCGGUGGUCUCCAUGGCGAAGCACGCCGUGCAUGUGGGCAGGCACGUGGAUCACACAGGAGCCGUCGGGUAAGAUCCAUGCCAGCCAGGAGGAGUUCUGUCACCAGCUCCUCGAGAUCAGGGUCGAGUCCGGCAAGUAUCGCUCGAAGGAUGACAAGCUCAAGCCGGAGGACGUCACCCAGUUCAGGGCGGGCCUGAUGAAAUGCCAGUGGAGAACGACGCAGACAGCACCGCAGUUCUCGUGCCGGGUGCCACUGUUGGCUCAGCGGGUGAACGAGGCGACGUUCGGGGACCUGAAGGACACGAACGCCCUCAUACGAGAUGUGAAGCGGACCGCUCGUGACUCAUUGGUGUUCCACAACUUCAACAGCAACUGCGGCGGUAAGCUGAAGUGGGACGACCUAGUGAUUGCGACGUGGGUCGGCGCAAGCAGGCUACUCCAACGAGGCGGCUACAUCGUGGGUUUCACGACGGCCGAGAUUCUCAAGCAGAAGGAAUGUGCAGUCUCUAUCGCCGACUGGAGAUCGUACAAGCUCAAGCGCACCGGCAUCGGCACCAACGGCUGCGAGGGCCAGGCUGUGUACGACGGAGAGAACGCCGCGUACUUGAUGCGCUUGCUGUGGUCAGUCAUGCACGGAGUUCCAGUUACCGCGCACACCCAGGAGGAAGUGGCGCAAUCCAUGACCUCAGUGCUGGUGAUCGACAGUCGUGGAGUUCACGACUCGGUUCGCAACAAGGAGAGCUUCGGCAUAGGCCUGAGCGACGCGAGGACCGGCGUGGAGGUAUUGCACGUGAAGGCGAACUGCGGGCCCGAGAAGAAUCAGCACCUGGUCUGGGUGCCCUCGGACCUCAACCUCACCGACGGCCUCACGAAGGACAGUCCUGAGGCUAGGAAGCCUCUGGCGAUGUGGCUUGCGCGGCGCACCUGGAUCAUCAGGUACGACGAGGAUUUCAUGUCAGCCAGGAAACGACAACGAGCUAACAAACUCGCUCAGGACAAGCCGCAGCCGACUACUGACGCUGAAGCCGAGGCCGCCGACGCUUUAGCUUUUCUCGACCUAUCUUGA